UAGUAUUCUCUGGCGGCAGCCUUCCUAUGCCUGCCAGACGCUACACUUUUAAAAGAUGCAUAUUUGUUUAGGAAUUAGUGGCGCCGAGGAGGCCACGGGACGGGAAGCCUCUUGCAUUUUUAGACUUCUUGAAAAUUACACUAUUCCUGAGCAACUUGCCGAGGAAUAAUUUGUAAACGCCAUAGUGAAGCUUUUAUUUUUGAUGUUAUUGGCAGAAUGAAAAUUUGAUUAUAAACCUGAAGCUUUUAUCCGUCAGACUACUUUUGAGAUUUAUAUGCGAUGUCUGGACAUUUAACUAUCAUUGAAGGUUCUCAGGAGCUGGGCCUUGAUUUUUGCUGGAGUUAAUGUUGUAUUAAAACAGGACUUCGAACGUGCAAGUAGGAAUCCAAGUAGUAUUUUAUGACUGAGGAUGUUAACGUUCAUUUUGUAUUAUUAUUCUGAUAUCAUUUGUCUAAAGUUGUCUUAUUACUUAAUGUAAAAAGGAUGUUGGAUAUCCAGUAUUUAUGGCUCAGAGAAUUUUGACGUAAGUAAACACAGUUUUAGUUCCCUCAGUUUGGAAAUUAUUUUUUUUCUUAACUUUUUGAUUGAGAUAUAAAAUAUCUAUGAAGUCAUCAAGCGCAUAAAUCUUAGUUGUACACCUCAGUGAAUGUUUAUGUUUUUAUUAACUUGUGCAACCACCAGCUUUCAUAUUAUACCUGUAGAACAUUUUCAUCAUUCCAGGAGUUUCCCACUGCUUCUUCCAAGUCAGUUAUACCCCUGCCCACCCCCCAAUCAGUAUUCUGAUUUCUGUCAUCAUCUAUUAGUUUUGUCUAUUUGGGGCUUGAUAUUAAUGGAAUCCUACAGUAUACUCAGCAUAUUGAUUUAUGAGAUUCAUCCAUAAUGUUUCAUGUAUCAGUAGUUAAUUCUUUUUUAUUGCUGUGUAGUAAUCCAUUGCAUCAUUAUAUGGCACUCCUCUGUUGGUGGAUAUUUAUGUUUCCAGUUUUUGUAUAUUAUGUAUUUUGAAGAAUGCUAUGAACAUUCUUAUAAAUGUCUUGGUGAACAUCUGUGCAUUUCUGUCAGCUGUGGAAUGGCUAAAUCAUAAGAAAAAUCACCACCCAUGUCAUGGAUUUUAUCUGAUUGUGUAGAUCAGAUUUCCUUAUUUUGGAUAUCAUGGUAACAGUAUAUGAAAUAUGCAUUAUUUCUCAUUUCUGCAAGUAGAAUUCACUGCUGAAGGAAGAAAUUUUUUAAGCUACAGCCAAAUUCAUUUUGGUACCUUUUAUGGAAAUCCUGAUUUUGUUUUUACUUUUUUAUAACCUUUCGCAAAAGGUAUGAACAAGCAAAGAGCACAUCUCAUUAGGCAAGUGCACAUUAAUAAGAAUGCCUAGAAGAGGAUUGAUUCUUCAGACCCGGACUCACUGGCUACUGUUGGGUCUCGCUUUACUCUGCAGUUUAAUAUUAUUUUUGUACCUUCUGGAAUGUGCCCCCCAGACUGAUGGAAAUGCAUCUCUUCCCGGUAUCGUUGGAGAAAAUUAUGGUAAAGAGUAUUAUCAAGCCCUCCUACAGGAGCAAGAAGAACAUUAUCAAACCAGAGCAACCAGUCUGAAACGCCAAAUUGCCCAAUUAAAACAAGAAUUGCAAGAAAUGAGUGAGAAGAUGAGAUCACUGCAAGAGAGAAAGAAUGUAGGGGCUAAUGGCAUAGGCUAUCAAGGCAACAAAGAGCAAGCACCUAGUGAUCUUUUAGAGUUUCUUCAUUCACAAAUUGACAAAGCUGAAGUUAGCAUAGGAGCCAAACUAUCUAGUGAGUAUGGAGUCAUUCCCUUUGAAAGUUUUACCUUAAUGAAAGUAUUCCAGUUGGAAAUGGGUCUCACUCGCCAUCCUGAGGAAAAACCAGUUAGAAAAGAUAAGCGAGAUGAAUUGGUAGAAGUUAUUGAAGCUGGCUUGGAGGUCAUUAAUAAUCCUGAUGAAGACGAUGAACAGGAAGAUGAGGAUGGUCCCCUUGGAGAAAAACUGGUAUUUAAUGAAAAUGACUUCAUAGAAGGUUAUUAUCGCACUGAGAGAGAUAAGGGCACACUGUAUGAACUCUUUUUUAAGAAAGCAGACCUUAUGGAAUAUAGACAUGUGACUCUCUUCCGCCCUUUUGGACCUCUCAUGAAAGUGAAGAGCGAGAUGAUUGACAUUACUAGAUCAAUUAUUAAUAUCAUUGUGCCGCUUGCUGAAAGAACUGAAGCAUUUGCACAGUUUAUGCAGAACUUCAGGGAUGUAUGUAUUCAUCAGGACAAGAGAAUUCAUCUCACAGUGGUGUAUUUUGGUAAAGAAGGACUAUCUAAAGUCAAGUCUAUCCUAGAAUCUGUCACAAGUGAGUCUGAUUUUCACAAUUACACCUUGGUCUCAUUGAAUGAAGAAUUUAAUCGUGGACGAGGACUAAAUGUGGGUGCCCGAGCUUGGGACAAGGGAGAGGUCUUGAUGUUUUUCUGCGAUGUUGAUAUAUAUUUCUCAGCUGAAUUCCUUAACAGCUGCCGGUUAAAUGCUGAGCCAGGUAAGAAGGUGUUUUACCCUGUGGUGUUUAGUCUUUACAACCCUGCCAUUGUUUAUGCCAAUCUGGAUGUGCCCCCGCCUGUGGAACAGCAGCUGGUUCACAAAAAGGAUUCUGGCUUUUGGCGAGAUUUUGGCUUUGGAAUGACUUGUCAAUAUCGAUCAGAUUUCCUGACCAUUGGUGGAUUUGAUAUGGAAGUAAAAGGUUGGGGUGGAGAAGAUGUUCAUCUUUAUCGAAAAUACUUACAUGGUGACCUGAUUGUGAUUCGGACUCCGGUUCCUGGUCUUUUCCACCUCUGGCAUGAGAAACGCUGUGCUGAUGAGUUGACCCCCGAGCAGUACCGCAUGUGCAUCCAGUCCAAAGCCAUGAACGAGGCCUCUCACUCACACCUGGGAAUGCUGGUCUUCAGGGAGGAGAUAGAGACGCAUCUUCACAAACAGGCAUACAGGACAAAUAGCGAAUCUGUUGGUUAAUGUAAUCAGUGACACGUUAGUCUGAACCACAAACCAGCACUAUUUAUUUAGCCUUAAUUCCAAUUCCAGAUGCAGUGCCUCUUUCAGAGAAGACAUGCUUAUCUUUUGUGUUCUUGCUGACAUUACUUUAGCAAUUUAACUUAGUGUGAGAAGAAAAAGCAAGUUUUGCAAUGCAAAGUCUCUGUUUUAUGAGUAUACUUCACUAUGGAAUCAUUGACAAAUCAAAAUCUGGUAUUUGUUCUAAGAGUAGCUUUGAGUUAAUUUUACCCGGCUUCAUGUUCUGAUGUGUGUCCUGCUUGCGUCUGGGCUGAGGGAUGGAAUGUGUUGUGCUGAAGGUGGGUUGGGAGCAUCCUGUUCCCAAAGAGAGGACGGUGUGUUAUGGAUGGAGUGUGUAGGUAAGGGCUCUUCACCUACCAACCACUGAGUCAACCUGCUUGGUUUUAAAUUAAGAUCUUUGGGCAGUUGCUUAAAGGAUCCUUUUUCACUGAAGCAGAGGAUAAUUAAAUGACACAUCUAAAAUCCCCAACUAAUCAAGAGAAGGCAGAGACAAAAAUCCCUCAACUUUGUGUUGUUGCCUAGCCCCCUCAAUGUCUGUUUUUAAACAAAUGGGUAAUAGUAGAAAAUACUAAGGUUAUAAUCUGUGGCUUGAUUAAAAAUAU